GUACCAGAUGCCUCUUGCCCUUGUUGGACUGAUAUCAUGUUUAGCACUUUGGGACGUUGUUAAGUUUUGUGGCGAUAGGUGGGGAUUAGACAGAUAUCCAGUUGUUUGGCAGUGUUUGGUUCGCAUUGCCCAAUGUGUGACUGUCAUCAUUCUUUUGUACUCCAACUUUCAAAUGGCGCUCUUCUGUGCACUUGGCAUUGGAUACGCAGGCAUGGUUUUUCAUGCUGCAUUUCGGAAGCUGACUCUUGCCAAGCCACCAUCUACUGGAAAUAGAAAAAUAGCCAGCUUCAGGCAACAAUAUUCGUAGUCUUAUACAUGGGGUAUGUUUAAUCCAGUCACUGCUACGCAUCAACAACCAAUUCUCUGGGCUAUGGCUAACACAUGCCCUGCAGGGGGCACCUUGCCCUUGCUGGCAAGUUCAUACUAUGGCAUGGGGUUCUCUGAUGAUCCUAUUGCCCAAGAGUUUCAUGGCUUCGUCUUUCAGUGUUAGAGCCAAUUAACAAGUCAAGCUCAAAUCAUGUUUAAUUAGUUUGUUCAGUUAGUUUUUUCUAAUGGAGUUUGGUUAGUUUGUAGCUACACUACAAAUAUAGCAUUUUGUACUCACGAUCUUUAUUUAUUUUGAACAAGGUACAAACUUUUCUGAUAAAUGAAAAGGAACAAAAAAUUAUAUUCACGACUUCCUUUAAAGAGUGUUCAACAGAUUUCGGAUCAACGUACAGGAAGCUUUUACUGUAUUAGAGCACAAAGGCUAAAUGCACUAAUUGCUUGCACACAUGAUCUUGUCAAAAUAUGUCACAAUCUUGGUUUAGGGUUCACCUCUAAACCAUCGAGUUGUAAGAGAAAUCAGUUCAUUACUGCAACGCUUAAUAACGAACAACUUUACUCUUUAAAAGCAUUGAGUAACCUGAAGCAUUCUCCAUUUUUAUUACUUGUAGAAAGCAUGUUGAUGGUGUUAAACGUUUGUAACUAUGUUCUUGUUGAUUCUGCUGAUGAAUCUAGCUUCCAUUGUUUCUAAACAUCCUAUUGCUGCCACUAUGCCUAUUGAGCGUUGACUCUUCAUCAGAUGAUACUCAGACACUCUUUGCUACACAAAACAGGCUUUGUUUCAUUGUACUAAUGAGAUGGAAGUCAAAAGAUUCAACUGGGUGUUACUCAAAUGAGAUCAUAAGCCAUCCAUUGCUAGAUAUGAAUCAUAGUACUUUUACCCUUUGAAGGAAGGGGUCUUGCAGGUUUGAGCUAUUGCUGGUACUUUGCAGUCAUAUCAGACCAAAUACAUACACCUCGAGAUUUGUUAGUUCGAGCCACAAUGGAGCCAACUCCAUCGCAGUCAGGGGCGUUUUGCCUUUGGCCAUACUAGUCAGUCCUUUUGCAAUUGUCAUUUGUAUAGAU